AUGCCCCUGUACGCCGUCGUCUCAUCCAGGCAGGCUACGGAAAAGGGAACUCCGUUCGUCCGCAUACGGCAGUCGAGCAGCAUCGACCAUGAUUCGUACGCAUACUACUCCGCCUGCAAGGUCACGCAAGUAAUCAAGCGUCGUGUUUUCUUCCCCUCGGUAGCCCAUUCUCUCCGCGACCCACUCCGAUACGUCAAAGCACUUUCAUCCGGGAUCCAGUCUGCCACUCGUAACUACCUCGCCCGCACCCCGCCCACCAUGCCAGUCAUCCCAACACCUUAUUCGGGUCUCCAGCUCGAUGAAGACACCCGCCCCUCUCCGUACACACCCGACUCGAUGUGCGCGCGUCGGUCGCGCUCACUGGUGGAACGCGCCCUCUCUUCCUCCUCUCGACGGAACGUGAGCCAGUUCGUGCAUGACUUUCGCGCACGUCUCCUCCGUGCCUCGAUCACCUUGCCAGCCGCCCUAGUCGACCCGGACGUCAAACUCCCCGACGCGGCCGUGUUACCCCGUGGGCUGCGUACCGUGCUUAAAGGCGGGUACCACAAGCGCCAGGCUGCGGUCUUUCACGAGGCACGCGUGGAUGCGACGUGA